AUGUCCUCGCGACUCCCGGACCGAUCAGGCCCGAUGCGCCGCCGCUCACGAUCUCCGACGUCCUGGCGACAACCCCAGAAUCCCCCGCGCAACGACCGUGACUACCGCGACCGACCAGAAUCCGACCAACGAUGGGAUGAUGGCAGGUCACGCCAGGGGCCUCGCCAUAUGCGCGACCAACUGCGAAUCAACCAGCUACAAGAGGACGAGCAGGUGCGCGAGUGGGUCGCGCAGGAGGACACUUUUGUGUUGAAGCAGGCCAAGAAAAAGGCUGAGAUCCGCGUGAAGGAAGGGCGCGCAAAGCCAAUCGACUGGCUGACCAUCGCCGAUUCAGAGCUCGAUGUGGUAGAUCCAGACGGCGUGUUUGAGGGGUUGUCGCCAUCAGAGCUCGCCGAUCUGGAGAAGGAUAUUGAGACCUUUUUGAAUUUGGAAUCCAAUGCCCAGAACCGCGACUUUUGGAAGACCAUGAAAAUUAUUUGUCGAGAUCGCCAAAAAACCUCUGCCCCCGAAGGACGCGCCAUCAGCUCUGUUGCUGCCGAUAUUAAUAGACUACUCAGUCCGAAAACCUACGAACAGCUGCAGACAUUGGAGAUACAGGUGAAACGGAAGCUAAAUUCCAACGAGCCUAUCGAUACGGAUUACUGGGAGGAACUACUGCGCAGCCUGGCAGUCUGGAAGGCUCGUGCAAGGCUGAGAAAUGUCUGUCAAGCGGUCAUUGAGGAGCGUGUACGCGACUUGCGAAAGCAGCAGAAAGAAGAGGCAGAAUCCAUUCGGGAAAAGCUGGCACCUCUGGCGCCAGUUGUCGCUGAGAAUGACCAGAAGAAAGCAUCGACCAAUUUGACUGAAUUUGAAGGUCUGGACCCAGAUCCUUUGCUGCAUGUGCGGCCUGAAGACAAAGGGUUGGAGAUUAUGGACGAGUCUGCAUUCCUUCGCCAGGUGGCUCGGGAGCGGCAGAAGAUUCUUCGGUUGGGAUUUGUUCCUUUGCGACAGCGAGCUACUGAAAAGUCGACCGCCGUUGUCGCCAACCCAUCCUCUACUAGUACCGCAGCGCCCGGUGUCCCGGGCCGAUUCUCGGCUAUUCCCAAUGACGACUUCUCCCAAGCGACCAAGGCAUUGUACGAACGGGAGUUGGCGAAGGGAAUCAGUGAAAAUGAAGAGAUCUUCACCAGUGAAGAAGCCGUGACCACAGCCUCGCAGGCCCUCUGGGCAGGCAAGCACCGGCCGCGCAAGCCGCGAUACUUUAACCGUGUCCAGAUGGGUUACGAAUGGAACAAAUAUAAUCAAACCCACUACGAUCACGACAAUCCCCCCCCCGAAGGUGGUGCAAGGGCCCCAACAUAUCGUAUUGAGCGAGAACAUGGUCGCAAGCGCGGCCAGUCUUUUGCCGAGGCUGGCGAGGAGGAUACUUGCCUGAUACGGUUCAUUUCCGGGGCUCCAUAUGAAGAUAUUGCGUUUCGCAUUGUGGACAGAGAAUGGGAUUAUAGUGCUAAGCGCGAUCGCGGAUUUAAAAGUACAUUUGACAAGGGCAUUCUCCAGCUCCACUUCCAGUUCAAGCGGCAGCUGUCACCGGCAAAUUUCUCCAAGAACAUCACUGACCUGUUGUCUCAGAUCUAUUACCGGAAGUAA